AUAUCUUACGCUUCUACUUAGUCGUCGAUGUCCAGUCGCUCCGGUUAACAAAAGAGACAUGUCGAAAUUAAGUAGGACAGAUCCUACGGCCGGCGGAGAUGCGCCCUUCGCAAAAAAGACCGAUUAUGCCGAUGACGCAAUUUCGCUAUCAACUAUCGAGUCGAAAUGUUCCGAUGAUGAAACUGCAGAUACGAAAGAAGCUUCAGUGUUGACCUUAAAUGUACAGACUGAAACCGAACAUUCGGUAGAAGCGAUCAUAAGUGACACACUUGGUGAAGAGAUAGCUACAAAAGAUACUGCGAUACUUAUCGACGCGCAAGAAUCUGAAGUUAAAAGUUCACUUCGAAGCGAAGAAAUCACUCUUCAAAAUGAAGAAAUGCCGCAGUCGAAAUCUGAAGAGAAGGCUGAUAACUCAUUGAAGCUUAAUGCGAGAGACGAUAACGCGACGCGUAUAUCCGAACUGGAGGAGGAAGUGCGGGUGAGAAAAUCCGUAGAAAAGGCGGAUGACUGUCCGGAAAGAAACGAAUCAUCUCAGCACGAUAAUGAAAAAAGGACAAAGGAGCGUGAUGAAUAUCGAAAGAAGCUUGAAGAAACGGAGACGAAGCUAGCCGCAUUACAGGCGUCCUGCGAAGCAAUAACGAACCACGAUGGUACCGAAGACACUCUGCAACGAUCGGUGGAACAAUUGCGCGGUCAGUUGGCGCAGACCGCGUUGAUGUACGAGGAGCGGAAUCGCGUGGCGAUGAAUCAGGAAAAUCAGAUUAAUGCCCUGAACAAUCAAGUGACUUCGUUGAAAGAGGUGGUAUCGAUCACGCGGGAUUUACUGCAGAUCCGUAACAUGGAAGUGAAGCAUCUGCAAACUGAAGUCGAUAGUAUGGAAAAGAAAAUCUCCGAGGAACGCGAUCGACAUAACGUGAUGAUUAGCAAAAUGGAUACAGCGAUGCAACUCAACGCGGAUCUUAAGAAGGAAUACGAAACCCAGCUAUCCUUAUUCCAAAGUCUUCGUGAGAAAUACGGCGAGAAAAUUACUUUGCUGACCGCGGAGAAACGAGCCCUCGAAACAGCCGCCUCUGCACCUGAAUAAAAAUUCUUUUAUUUGCACGUUUUCGACAUCAUUAAUAGAUUUGGCACACAAAUUUCUUUGUCAUCAUAAUGUAUGUAUGUUACCUGAUACACAUUAUCAAAUAAUAUGUUAAUAAAAAUUUUAUUUUUUUUCUC